UCCUUCAGGAUGUCACAACAGAGACGCUCACCUCGUCGUCGAUUCGCUCUCCAAAUGCUUCUGCUGCUGCCUCGUUCGCAUUUAUAUAGACUGUGAGCGGAAGCGUGGCUCUGACGUACCAGAUGUGACGUCACUACCACGAGGCUCCGCCCCCACGCGCCCGGCUGGUGUAUGACGUGGUUGAGUGCUGGUGGUGCACGUGACGCACGUGACCGGAAACAGCGGGGGCCUGGAUUCUGCCUCCAGACGCCGUGGUCUACACAGCGCGGGCUCGUCAGCGGCGUCAGUUUGCGUUGUAAGGGGGUCAUCGCGUGGCCAUGCUGGACGUGUUUGAGGCAUUCGUCAAGUUCCUGGGGGUGCCUCCUCGGUUUGUGUGGGAUACUGCUCCCUGCAAGGAUCAAUACUUUGACGGCUCGGGGAUACCUCGGAAUGAGAGAAUAGUCUCAGGGAGCUACCCGCUCCACGAGGCGCUCGCCACCCACGACCCCACCUUGGUAGACUUCGUCUCCAGCUACCUACGGUGGGAUCCGGCCGAGCGCCUGACACCUGAACAGGCACUGGCCAACAGCUGGCUGCAGGAACCAGGGUCAGCCAUCUGCAGGACUACUACCACCACCACCACGACCACCAUGACCAUCACCGCGAUUACGACCACCACCACCAUGCUGCCCUCCCCACUCGCCCAGUAGGAUCUUUCAUGCUCCACUUCCACAGAGGCCUAUCUUGGCAACGUUGGUACCAAUCAUCAGCAAAUCGAAUCAUCUUCAUUUGCUUCUGUCCCACAUCGGUCCUCUUGUCAAUCCCGUGCCGCACCCAAAAGCUGCUAGACAUGCAGUGGCUUGGCUUGCGGGCUACCAUGACCUAGCCAACCAGCAUCGCCUGCAGGAUGAGCUCACUAAAUGGGACUGUCUAUGCCAUCAAAUACCCUCAGUGUGGGUGAUUGAUGUGUGUGGGGAUUGUGAUGUCGUGUGUUGUUUGUGCCGUGCGAGUGUGUGAGGAUGGCAAUCUGUCAACCCCUUAUCAGUGCCUACCUUAUUACAUACCGAUUCAGACCUUA